AUGGGUCGCCGUCCAGCGAGAUGUUAUCGUUACUGCAAAAAUAAACCAUACCCAAAGUCACGAUUCUGUCGUGGUGUGCCAGAUCCAAAGAUCCGGAUUUUUGAUUUGGGGCGCAAGAAAGCCCAUGUGGAUGAGUUCCCGCUCUGCGUUCACAUGAUCUCUGAUGAAUAUGAACAGCUGUCAUCUGAAGCUCUUGAGGCUGGUCGUAUCUGUGCCAACAAGUACCUUGUGAAGAACUGCGGAAAAGAUGCUUUCCACUUGCGGGUCCGCGUGCACCCUUUCCACGUGUGCCGCAUCAAUAAGAUGUUGUCCUGUGCAGGUGCUGAUAGACUGCAAACUGGAAUGAGAGGUGCUUUUGGCAAGCCCCAAGGUACUGUGGCACGUGUUCACAUUGGACAACCAAUCAUGUCUGUUCGUGCCAAGGAGCAACAUGAAGCGCAGGUGAUUGAAGCUCUGUGUCGUGCCAAGUUCAAGUACCCAGGCAGACAGAAGAUUGUGGUCUCCAAAAAAUGGGGCUUUACCAAGUGGCCAAAACAGGACUAUGAACGCAUGCGAGCCGAAGGGCUGCUGGUUCCUGAUGGUGUCGGGGCUCAGUACAAGCCAAACCUUGGGCCACUUUAUGCUUGGAAGGCAGCUGUGUCAUCUAGAUCUAGAUAA